GCGGAUCAAGCAUGUUUAUGAAUGUUCGGGGCGCAAUAUCAUAGCCGGGAAAAUAGCUACGUAAAUGUGUUGUUAGAUUCAGUUCGACCGUCUCAAAGGGGUAAAGUUAUACGCCAUGAAGUUCGCCUACAAGUUUAGCAACCUGCUCGGGGCGGUGUACCGAAAGGGAAAUCUGUUAUUCACCCCGGAUGGCUACUCGGUGAUAAGUCCCGUUGGGAAUCGGAUUACGAUAUUCGAUUUGAAAAACAACAAGUCCAACACGUUGAGCAUCGAAAGCCAAUAUAACUACACCGCGAUCGAGCUUUCGCCGAACGGAUGUCUCCUCGUGGUGGUGAACGAGAUCGGUGAGGCGCAAAUGAUCAGCAUGAUCUCGCAGACGACCAUCCACCGGUACAAAUUCCGCGGCGAAGUCAAGUGGUUGCGCUUCAGCCCGAACGGUCAGUAUCUGGCGGCGUGCGUGGAAUCGGUGGUACUGGUGUUCCUGGCUCCCGGCGAAGCAUCCGGUUCGUACGGUUCAUUCGUUGUGCACCGGGCGUUCGAAGUGAGCAACGACGAGACGGUGUUCCUAGAUUGGGCACCCGAUUCGCGCGUGCUUGCCAUCGGCUCGCGGGACAACACGGUGCGCUUGCAGAACGUCACCUGGCUGCAGACGUUUCGUCCGUUUGUGCUCGGUGGACACCGCGAGCCGAUCGUUGGGUGUUUUUUCGAGGCGAAAACGCUCGACGUUAACACGAUCAGCAAAGACGGUCAGUUGAUUCUGUGGGAGUGUGGAAUGACUCUCAGUGGCCUGGACUGUACGCGUGAGGAAUUGGAAAGGAAAAAACGCACGCCUACCGAAGGUGGUGAGGAAUGGGAAGGAGUUGUAGCCCACGACGAGCCGGUGCCCGAAAAGAAAAAACGCACGUCCUCCGAAGGCAGUGAGGAGGAGGAUGAGGAAGAGAAUUUUGGCAUCGAAAAAGACUACGAAAGAAGUGGCGGCACGGAGCAUGAAAUGGAACGACUGGUGGACUGUGAAGCGGAAGAGCGGGAUAAGCAGGGAAAGUUGAUCGUGCAGCAAAAACGGCACCCGUUCUACUACAAGCGUCUCGCACGUCACUUCCUCGCGGACGAUGUACGCAAGGAGAACCGGAAUGCGACAGUCACGGCAGCGACGUACCAUCAGCAGAUGCGUAUGCUCGUCGUGGCCUUCUCCACCGGAUCGUUCUUUCUGUACGAGCUGCCGGAUGUGAACAUGAUCCACUCGCUGAGUAUCUCCGAGGCGAGCAUCUGCUCGGUGAGUUUCAACAAUACCGGCGACUGGCUGGCCCUCGGUGUGUCUCAGCUGGGCCAGCUGCUCGUUUGGGAGUGGCAGAGCGAACAAUACAUCAUGAAGCAGCAGGAACACGCACAGGGCAUGUGCUGCGUGUCGUACGCGCCCGAUGGCCAUCAGCUGGUGACCGGCGGGCAGGACGGUAAGGUAAAGCUGUGGAACAUUGCGAACGGCUUCUGUAUCGUGACGUUCAGCGAGCACACGUCACCGGUGAUGGCGGUCGAGUUCAGCCGGAACAAAAAGUUCCUCGUGAGCGCCUCGCUCGAUGGCACGGUUCGGGCGUACGACGUCGUGCGGUAUCGAAACUUCCGCACGUUCACCUCGCUCGAACCGGCCCAGUUCGGGUCGGUUGCGAUCGAUUACUCGGGCGAGCUGGUGGCCGCCGGCGGUCAGGACGUGUUCGAGAUCUACCUCUGGUCGAUGAAGCUCGGCCGGCUGCUGGAGGUUCUGAGCGGUCACGAGGCGCCUGUAGUGUCGCUGGCGUUCGCCCCGGUCGCUUCGUCGUCGGCGUUGGUAUCAGGGUCGUGGGAUCAAACGAUACGCAUCUGGGACUGUCUGGAGGUGUCGAGCUCGCAGGAGGCGGUAUCGGUUGCGUCGGAUGCGCUGUGCGUCGCGUUCAAGCCGGACGGUGAGGAAGUCGCCGUUUCAACACUGAAUGGAACCAUUAUGGUGUUUCACGCUAAAUCGGCCAACCAGGUGGCAUCGAUCGAAGGGCGGAAUGAUAUGGAGGGAAGCGUUUCGCAGAUCGAUCUUAACACGGCCAAAAAGAACCUGCUCGCAAGAGCUUUCACAUCGAUCUGUUACUCGGCGGAUGGCGAGUGUUUGCUAGCCGGUGGUAGAUCGAAGUACGUGUGCAUCUACAACGUGAAGGAGGCGAUCUUGCUGAAAAAGUUCCAAAUCACACAGAACCGCAGCUUGGAUGGAAUGGAUGAAUAUAUGAAUCGUCGCAAUUUGACAGAAUUCGGCAACAUGGCACUGGUGGAAGAGCGCGAGGAGCUGGAGGGCGGGAAUGUGGCGAUAAAGUUGCCGGGUGUCCAAAAGGGCGAAAUGGCGGCGCGUAACGUGAAACCGGAGGUGAGGGUGGAUGCCGUCCGCUUCUCACCCUCGGGUCAAUCGUGGGCCGCCGUCUCGACCGAGGGUCUUCUGGUGUACGCCCUGCACAAAGGCAUCGUGUUCGAUCCGUACCAGCUGUCGACGGAGGUAACCCCGAAGGCAACGCGCCAGCUGCUCCGGAAGGAGAAGAACUACGGCGGGGCGCUGCUGAUGGCACUGAAGCUCAACGAGGCCAGUCUCAUACAGGAGGUGCUCGAGAAUGUGCCCUACGAGGACAUCGAGUUGGUUAUCCAAUCGCUACCGGAUCAGUUCGCACUUCGUACGCUGCAGUUCGUGGCGAAAACCGUCGGUGGCACCCGGCACAUUGAGUUUUAUCUGCGCUGGUCCAACCUGCUUUUGACACGACUCGGAAACGUCGACGAUCUCCUCGAUACCCAGACGCUCGUAACACUGCAUCAGAACAUUAACCGAAAGUAUGACCAGCUGAACAAGAUAUGCGAUUUCAACAAGUACACGCUGAAAGUGUUGUCAAAUCUUUCCCGUACGAGUACAAAGCAAUUAAAAAAAUACGAUGAAGGUAGCGAUGAAGAAAAGAAUGGGAAUGAUAACGGACCGCCCUCGGAUGACGAGGACGAACAGAACCUGAUGCUGAUGAACGACACUAACGAACGUCGAAGGCAACUUGCAGAAAGCGAAAGUGAUUCUGAUGAUGCUAAUCAGAUCGAGGACGACAACUAGAAGGAUGAAGGGGGAUAAAACACGUAGGUAAGAGAAUGGGAAAUAUUCCCAGGAUAAAAUUUCGUUACGUACAAUAAAAU